GGGAAACACUUCAGCUUCAGUUGUCAUUCCACAUGGAAUAUAUUGAGGACGUAUGUUUGACAGCGACGGUGGUCUCAACACCCAUAUGGCAAAAUACAUAAAGUUUUAUAUCACGAGAAUGAAGGGAUGGUUAAUUUUCCCAUUCUGGUGGUUAUCCUUAAAUGCAGCAAAUCCGAUGUUGGGAUUGGGGAAGUAGAUGGGAGACCAGUGACUGUAAAUAAAAGUAGCUGGGAGACAUUAAAUGAGACAAUACUUGACUUCUGGCAUCCAGACUCUGCUGACAAAAAGCAUUUGAUAUUACACGGCUGAGCCAUGGCCGGUUUUCAGAUCCGGAAGUAUCGGGAUGACGAUGCAGAGGCAGUGAAGGAGACCUUCACCCUUGGGAUGAGCGAGCACGUGCCUUCGACCUUCAUGCACCUCCUGAAACAGCCGCUGACCCAGAUGGUGCUCAUGUGCCUGUUCUGUGCUCUCGUGACCAGCUCCAAGUCCUUCCUGCUGCCCAUCCUGGCCGUCACUCUGUUCCUAGCCGGGGCCCGGCAGUUUGUCAUCUACAUGUUCAACAGCUACAUCGACACCUCGCUCAGGAAGGACGUCGGCAAGAUCAGCGAGGUCUACCUGAAGCAGAAGGACUCUGGUUUUUGGGUGGCUGACGUUGAUGGUCGAGUGGUUGGCAUGGUGGGGUGCCUUCCUAAACAGGACACGCCUGGCUGCUUGGAGCUGAAACGCAUGUCCGUACGCCGCAGUCACCGUGGAAUGGGCAUCGCUAAGGCGUUGUGUCGGACGGUGGCUGAUUUUACUCGUGACAGGGGUUAUGCAGCGGUCGUCCUGUACACCUCUGUGGUGCAGACAGACGCUCAGAAGCUGUACGAGCACAUGGGCUACGAGAAGACACGAGAGUUUGUUAUUCCUGAGCUCGUUGCCAAAAUCACAAACUUCACUCUGUUCGAGUACAGGCUCGAUUUACAGAGAGAUGGGAAAAAUGACUGAGUGGUCUGGAAGUGAGACUGUAACAUUUCAUGGUGAGAGUACUGUUCGUUCCUCCAGUUUAUAUGCUAAUGUUUUCCCAGCAUGCAUUACAAAACACUCAGGACAGCAGGUCAGAUGACAGUAUUGACAUGAGGAACAACACCUGCUGUAAAAGGGUAGGCAUGAUUCCUCUUGUUACCAUCUCACACACACACACACACACACAGAACAGAUUGAUCAUUUAUUAUUCUUUUUUUAAUAGUUGAUAGAAAUCGUCAACAAUGUCUACUGUCAAGCUGUUAAAGGGUCUGUGUUGAACCUCUUGGAAGUAAUUUAUUUAAUUUUGUAAAGGAUUUCCUUUGUGAAUGAUAUUGAUAUUGAAAGAUACUUAUAAUAAAGUUAUAGAUCCGAGCAUGAUCCUGCAAUUUUGUAGUAUGAUGAUACUGAUACUACUGAUCUCAUUAGGUGUGUCAUUACAUGACUGAUCUAACUUAAUUGCAUUAUAAAAUUCAGUGUUUCUGUUCUUGAUUUUUCUUCAGUCAACUCAUCUUUUAGUGCCACGGUAAUCCCUCCUAAAAAGGAUUCUGAUAGCAGUGAGGUGUACAGAUUUUUCAUUUUGAAAAAGAGAGGAUCGCUAUUAAAUUAACGGGAAAGAAAAAGUUGGAUAGGUGCAUCCCUUGUACUGUUAUGCAUCAAUGAGGUCAUUUUACCAAAACCAUGUUAUGAUAUUAUGUUGCAAUAGAAAGUGAGAUGCUGAACCUUGAGAUAAGUUUUAAGUCUGACUUUAGAAUUUCAAUAAUACUACUACUACUACUACUACUACUAAUAGCAUACUUCACAUUCUUUUCCUAUAAGCCAAAAAUGUGACCUGAAAGAGGGAGAUCAUGCACUUUUUUUUUUAACAGUAUUUCCCUCUGAUAUAGUAUUCGAUAUGCAUGAGUAAUUUCACCUUUUCAUCUAAAAAUAUACCCCUUGGUAUGCUCGGGAGCUGUGUUAUAUCUCUAGAGAAAUCUACACAAGUGAUCACCUAUUGUCAGAUUUCUUCAUACCUGAAUAGGGAUGUGUAAGGGGGGGGGGAACUACUUUUCACUCUGAAAUGGAGUCCUACAGCUUUACAAAUGUCUGUGCUGCUAUUAGCCUUAAAAGAGAGUCAAACACCUGUUCAGCCAAACAGGAAGUACAAGUCUCUUCUUUAUGAGAGUUAAAGGAAGUUUGUGGCCCCGGGGUGAGGAUCCUGCUGGGAACUGAACCUGAUAAUGAUGCCUCGGGUAUUACUAUGGUUCUGCCCUGUGGUUUGUUUUGCAUACAGGAUGCUACACCAUUUGAGACUGAUGCUAGCGAGGUUCUCAGGUGGGUUUUAAUCACAUCUGAUGAAUAUGUCUGUUUUGAAUCAAGUUUGUGAUUUAAAGAACAUCAUGUUUAAGCUUUACUGUCCCUAAGAAUAUAUUUGUCUUAUAGCCAGCUGAUGAAAUGAAACACAGAAUACACAGACUUGAAAAUAAAA